AUGGAUAGCGACACGGACAUCGACUUUCUCAAAAGAAGUCAUGACACCAGGUCAGAGACCGUGUCGUCGCGCAGGCUCGCAGACCUCCAAGUCCUCCCACUCCUCGUCCUCGGCUUCGCGACCUACCAACUCGACCGAACAAACAUCUCCAGCGCCCUAACAGGGGGGUUCUCCGACGACAUCCACGUCGACCAGAACACCAUCAAUCUCGGUAACCAGCUGAUGUUCCUCGGCGUCAUCGUUCUCGAGAUCCCCUCAAACAUGCUCCUCCCCAUCUUCGGCCCCCGCCGCUGGAUAGGCAGCCAAGUCCUAGUAUUCGGCAUUAUUGCCGCACUACAAGUCUUCGUGCGUGAUCGGACCGGUUUCUUAGUUACGCGCGCUGUCCUUGGUCUUGCGGAGGCCGGUUAUAUCCCCGCUGCGAUGUAUACUCUGUCGACGUGGUAUUCAAAAGAGCAGAUCACGACGCGCAUCGCGGUGUUCUUCUUUGGGAUGUUCGGGGGCACGGCUGUGUCGCCGUUGCUUGGGGCUGCGUUGUUGAGGUUGGAUGGGAGGGGUGGGCUGGCUGGGUGGCAGUGGCUGUUUUUAGUUGAGGGGGUGUGGUCGAUGGUAGUGGCGGUGUUGCUGCUACUACACAACCCCCCAGCAAACCACACCAGCACCACCACCAUCCCCUUAACAACAGUAUGGAAUACCCUAACCAACACCCACAAAUGGGCCCACUUCCUCGCAACAGCCUGCGUCUUCGCAACAUGGAGCCCCCUCACAACAUACACCCCUAGCAUCAUCAUGUCGCUAGGCUUCCCACGCAGCCAGUCCAACGCCCUAGCAGCAGUAGGCAGCUUCCUGACUCUCCCCGUCAUUCUCUUCUUUGCCUGGCUCAGCGAUAAGACGAAGCAACGCGGUGUCGUUGUAAUGCUCGCCAUGGCGUGCUACCUUGUUGCGCUCGUCGUGCUGAAGGCACUGCUGCAUGCGCCUAUCGGCAAGUGGGGGAUGUUUGCCCUGUGGACGACUGUCAAUGGUCUUGCUGUGGGGUAUCACCCCAUCCAUAAUGCGUGGAUUCAGAUGAAUUGUCGAUGUCGGGCGGAGAGGAGUGUUAGUGUUGCAAUGUUCGUGAUGACAGCCACAGGUGGCCUCAUGGCGGGCACGCAGAUCUUCCGCGGUGAUGAAGCUUCUACACUUUAUCCCAGAGGAGUGCUCAUCAUGAUCGCAUUGGUCCUGGUCGGGCUGGUCCUGACGGGCGUGCAGGUCUUGGUUUAUAUGCUGUCUAACCGUCGAAGUAUGAAGCGGAGUACGGGGAAGAUGUAUAUAUUAUGA